AUGGCCGCGUCGGAGCGGCGCCUCGGCGACGCGUGGGUCAUCGCCCAGCGGCGCAGCGGCCUCAUCGUCGGCGUCGCCGUGCCCCUGGUCAUCUUGCUGCGCUGGCCCGGCGCCGCGCUCGCCGUGAUCCGCGGCGCGGCGCCGCUCGUGACGGCCGCGCUCGGCGUCGCCGCGCGCCUCUUCGUGCAGAACCCGCGCCUCGUGCCCGUCUUCACGGGGCUCAUCCGCCAGUUCGGCGGCCGCUACUGGACCGCGGCCGUCAACCGCGCGCGCGCGAGGCUCCGCGAGCGCGACGCGCGCAAGGGCCGCGACGCCGCGUGGAAGGCGGACCAGGACCGGCGCCGCGACGAGGCCCGGCGGCGCGCCCACGCCCAGGACCAGCACAAUAGGCGGCGCGGGCGGUGCGCUAGAAUAGAUCUAGUAUCGUCCCCGUGGACGGACGCCGCCGGGAAGCCGAGUCCCUUCCCGACGGAGGCGCCGCCGUCGAGCUCCAUCGCCAACUUCCGGAAGAAGGAGGACGCGCUCAUCGGCGACCUCUCCGGGUCCAUCGACGCGAAGAAUGCGGCGGCGACGGAGGCCGUCUACACGACGAAGACGACGAGCGAGCUCUCCAUCACGAACCAGAUGGAGCUCAUGAAGAGCCUCGAGGGCACGGGCCUGUCGAAGAGCAUUUUGUCCCACCAGGUCGCCGCGAACACGGUGCACGCGCGCGAGCUCGCGGCGCUGCAGCUCAAGUACAGUACGAAGAACGCGGAGCUCGACGCGGCGCACUCGACGCACGAGGCCUUCGACGCGGCGAACAACAUGGCCAUCGCCGAGUCUUUGGCAGCCGUCGACGACGCGCGCGACCUCAGUGGCCUCCGCGCGCAGUACAACCUGCUCGUGCAGAAGGUCGUCGCGUCGCGGUCCCUGCACCAGCGCCGCGUCCAGGAGGUGCUCGAGGCCCAGGAGUUCGAGGCGUCCGGCAUCCGCCGCGAGCGCGACGCGCUCCUCAAGUCCCUCGACGAGAUCGAGGCCACGUACGACGCGUCCGUCCGCACGCUCGAGACGCAGCUUCUACUAUUAUUGCGCUCCAAGCUCGAGGUCCAGUACAAGGAGCAGCUCGAGUCCAUGAAGGCGAAGAUCGCGGCGCUGGAGCGCAAGCGCGACGACCAGACCGCGGCCCUCGCGCGGCUCCAGGAGGAGUACGCGGCGCUGCUCCGCCAGCUCGAGGACCAGCAGACGCAGCACGCGGCGCACGUCGCGGCCGCCGCGCGCGAGGCGCUGGCGAAGCAGCGCGCGGAGAUGGAGGCCGUCCUCGAGCAGCUGCGGGCGGAGCACGAGGCCGCGAAGCAGGACCUGCUGGACCAGCUCCACGCGCUCCGGCUCCAGCAGGAGGCGGACCAGCGCGCGCACGAGCGGCUCCUCGCGGACUUAAGGGCCCAGCACGAGGCGGAGCUCCAGAUGCUCCGCGAGAAGCACGACCACUCCAUCGGCAUGGAGCGCGAGACGCGCGAGGCGAACGCGUCGAGCGAGCUCGACUCGAUGCGGCGGAGCCACGACGACGAGGUCGACCGCGCGCGGCGCGACCUCGAGGCGCUCGAGGAGGCCAUGCGCGCGCACCAGCUCGCCAUCGACGCGCUGGGCCGCGAGCUCGACGACCUCAACCGCACGGCGCCCGCGAACCGGGGCUCGCUCGAGAACCGCCACGAGCAGGAGAUGGCGCAGCUCAAGGCUGAGCGCGAGGCCGCGGAUGAGGCGCGCGAGCAGAAGAAGAAGCUCGAGAUGGAGGAGGCCGUGAACCGCGCCGCCGAGGAGGCGCGGGAGCGCGCGCGCCGCGAGCUCGAGCUCCAGUUCCCCAAGACCGACGGCGAGCUCGACGCGAUGGAUCUCGAGCUCGAGCGGCUCCGGAAGCAGAUCCUGGCCGCGCGCGCGCGGACGAAGAACGCGAAGCACGAGGAGGAGGACACGAUCCGCGCCCUCGGCGAGGCCCACGGCAGCGCCAUGGCGGGCAUCAUGCUCGACGACGAGCCCGACGAGAAGGCGUGCUCCGGCGUCGGCGACGACCUCGACGACGUCCGCCGCAUGGUCCGCGAGCGCCGCGAGGAGCUCGUGCGCGCGGACAAGCAGGCGGCGUUGGACGAGCUCAAGGCCGACUGCGCGUCCUACGCGGACGCCUUGGCCGCGCUCCAGCGCGCGCUCGGCGCGGAGCGCAACGCGCACGGCUCCGAGGUCCGCCGCCAGCAGGCGGAGCUCGACGCCAAGGAGAGCGAGCUCGCGCUCCUGCGCGCCGAGGCCGCGUCCUUCGUCGUCGUCAGCAAGGUGACCGCGGCCAACGGGUCGACGACGACGACGACGAAGACGUCGGAGGUCCACGCGUCGCUCGGCGCGUCGCUCCUCACGUCGGCGACCGUCGACGGCGACGACCCCGUCAUGGCCGAGUGGCGCAAGCUCGUCCAGACGGAGAAGUCCAAGUUCGGCGCGACGACGGUCCGCGCGGCGCCGUCCGUCGUCGACCUCGACGCGACGAACUCGCGCAUCGCGAGCCUCACGGGCGACCUCAGCCUCGUGACGUCGAACCUCGCCAAGGCCAGCGACCCGGCCGAGAAGUCGUCCCUCCAGUCCAAGAAGUUCAUCAUCGAGGCCGAGAUGAAGAUGCUCAACUCCAUGGCCAAGUUCAAGGCGGCCCUGGCCGAGUCGGCGUCGGCGUCGCCGCGGCGGAAGAAGCCGGCGAAGAAGCAGCACCCGCCCAUGCUCGGGCAGCUCAAGCGGCAGCCGAGCCUCUUCAGCAGCUCGUCGCAGCUCCUCGCGUCGGCGGUCCACGAGGUCCAGCCCCUGACGUCCAUCAAGAACCAGCUCGCCGACGAGCGCGCGCGGCGGCGGCGCCACUUCGCCGCGAGCCAGCAGCCCGUCAUCUUCGACCGCUUCGCCGCCCGGGCCGGGUCGCCCGGCAAGGAGUCCAUGGCGAGCGAGCAGAUCCCCGGCGUCUCCGCGUCGCGGGCCUGGCUCGAGGACGACGCCGGCUCCGCCGGGUCCGGGGACCCCGAGGCCGCCGAGGCCGCGGCCGUGGCGAAGAUCAAGAAGGCGGCGAUCUUCUUCGACCGGUCGUACGCUUCCUCGCGCGAGUCCUUCCGCGCGUUCGAGGCGCCGAACCUGGACAGCGCCCAGCUCGCGGAGAUGGUGCGCCACGCGUCGAACGUGCGGCUCACGCGCGCGGAGACGGCCGCGCUCGCCGCGCGCUACCCCGGCGAGGGCGCCGGCGAGAUCGACGGCCCCGCGUUCGUGCGCUUCUUCUUCCGCUGCGGCUUCGAGGCGCGCACGGAGGAGCGCACGCGGCGCUGGGAGGCCGCGGCGGAGAACGACCGGGAGCGGGAGCGGAGCCACCAGCGCGUGCUCGACCGCGACGAGGCGGAGCGGCGGCGGACCGUGACCGCGCCGUACACCGCGCGCGACGAGGAGAACGCGUGGACGAAGCUCGCCAAGGUCGCGAAGAACAAGGGGCUCCAGGGCGACCUCGUGUCGCGCGCCGCCUUUGAAAGUUUGAUGACGCCCGCGGAGAUCAAGCUGCAACUCAAAAAAUCGUACAACAUCGACAUGACGCACGCGGAGAUGGGCGCGAUCUGCGGCCGCUUCGACAAGAACGCGUCGGGCCAGAUCAACGGCGCCGAGUUCCAGUACGAGUGGUCCCACGUCCUGGACGGCAACCGGUCCAAGAACUUCUUCGGCCAGCUCAAGGAGGGCGAGCGGCGGUCGAGCCUUUUGGCGCCGCCGAAGCUCGACGCGCUCGAGGCGGAGGCCGGCCCCGAGGAGGGCGGCGGCUUCAUCGACGACGGCACGGCGCGCCGCGGCUCCGUGACGCGCCUGUCCUUCGGCAUGGCCAAGAUCGGCGCGAAGACGUCGGACCCGGGCAAGGUGCUGCGGCGGCGGACGUCCGUGUCGCGCGAGCAGAACGCGCUCCUCCUCGCGCAGCUCCGGGCGCCGCCGGCGACGGCGCCGGCGGCGCCGGCGCCGGAGCGGAAGCGCCACACGAGCCGCCCCGCGACGUCCGACGCCGUGCCCUUCGCGCAGCGGCGGCCGAGCUCCUUGGUGAUCCCGACGGCCGUCGCGCCGCGGCCGCUGACGCGCGAGCGGUCCUACAGCGGCCGCGCGGCGACCGCGCCCCAGGCCGCCAAGGCGCCCCUCCACAAGUUCGCCGCCAAGCCCGAGCUGCCGGGCCAGAUCGCGCGCGCGGCGCCCAAGCCGCGCGCCGCGCCGCUCGACGUCGUCCGCUUCGCGCCCGAGCCGGAGCCGCGGCGCGCCGAGGACUACGGCGGCGACUUCCGCGCCAUGCUGCUCGACGCCGGCCGGGAAAAGCGCGGGGCCGACGCGCUGGGGGCGCGGCCCGCGACGACGGGGAGUCCGACGAGGCCGGCCACGUCGGGCCGCGCGGACCCCGGGGGCGGCCUCUAA